AGACAGACUGACACAAUGGGCUGUGAGAGAAGGCUGUUCCUGACUGCUGCUCUGCUGGCUGUCUUUUUAUGCAGUGAUGCUAUCACCGGUGGACGAGAGGCGGAGGCCCACUCCCGUCCGUACAUGGCCUCACUGCAGGUCGCCGAAGCGGGGAUGAAACAUGAGUGCGGAGGGUUUCUGGUGGCCGAUCAGUGGGUGAUGAGCGCCGCACACUGCUUUCUCUCUGGGUCAGAAGGGAGGAAGGUGGUCCUAGGAGCUCACUCUCUGAGCGAACCGGAGGAUUCUAAACAAACCUUUGACAUUGUUCAAGUGUUCAGUCACCCUGAUUUCAGCAUCUCUAACUAUGAUAAUGACAUUGCUUUGGUCAAGCUGGACCGGCCAAUCAUUGCCAGUGAUGCAGUAAAGUCCCUGAAGUUCCAGAAGGACGAUGGGGCUGACCCCGCCACGGAACAGGAGGUCAACACGGCGGGGUGGGGGUCACUGAACAACCUGGGGUCACGUCCUGACAAGCUACAGGAACUGGUCAUCGCUGUGAUGAACCGUGUUCGAUGCGGCCGCAGUGACUACUAUGGCAGGAAGUUCACCAAAAACAUGCUGUGUGCGGCCAGCAAACAGAGUGACACCUGUGAUGGUGAUUCUGGAGGUCCUCUCCUGUAUAAUGGUGUAGCAGUUGGGAUCACUUCAAAUGGAGGGAAGAAGUGUGGAUCCAGCAAGAAGCCUGGUUUAUACACAACCAUCUCCCACUACAGCCAGUGGAUAGACAAGACCAUGACUCAAUAGAAGCCUGGUUUAUACACAACCAUCUCCCACUACAGCCAGUGGAUAGACAAGACCAUGACUCAAUAGAAGCCUGGUUUAUACACAACCAUCUCCCACUACAGCCAGUGGAUAGACAAGACCAUGACUCAAUAGAAGCCUGGUUUAUACACAACCAUCUCCAA